AGCGGCGCCGGCGCAGGGGCGGCUGCUGCUGGCGGCCGCGCUCGUGUCCGACGCGCAGUACAACAGGAACAUCCCGUUCGAGACGUCGCCGGGCGCCGUCAGGCUUUACUAUCUUUAUAACCAUUGGGUGAUGCAAGCAACCACCUACUUCUUCAUCUUCCUCAACCUUUCCCUUGUGCUCUUUGAAGAACCUGCUGUGUACCCGCUCCCCUUCUUGGCUACAUCUCUCAUUGAAGUGUUGUGCCUUCUGGUGUUCUCUGUCCGGCUUAUGCACUUUGCAAAAGUCACCCCUCGCAACGUAUUUUGGAAGGAUACCAAGAACAUCUGUGUCAUGGUCGCAAUCCUGAUGUCUCUAACAGACUUGGCUAUCUUUGGGGCCCUCAGGAUAUACAACGUGAGGAGUGUUCGUUGGUCAAGAAUAGUGAGGCCCAUUUUCCUGAUCAACUUUGCAGAGAGCCGCCAGAUUCGAAGAGCGUUUCGCAGCAUCCGCAACACAUUCCCAGAGAUCACCUAUGUCUUCUUGCUCUUCAUGUUCAGUGUUCUCAUGUUCUCCCUCAUGGCCUUGAAGCUGUUUGGUGAGAGGAAUCUUCAGACAGCAGAAGGCUUGCCAUAUUUUACCAAUUACCUGGAAAUUGUUUUUGAUCUGUAUGUGUUGGUGACAACAGCAAACAGCCCGGAUGUCAUGAUGCCAGCAUUUGACUUCAGCUGGUGGUAUGCACUAUUCUUCAUUACCUAUGUCAUCAUCAACACCUAUAUCUUCAUGUCUGUCUUCCUGGCUGUUGUGUACAACAAUUACAGAAAACACCUAAAGAAUGAGAUCCGCAAGCUUGCUUACAUGAAGCGCCGCAAGAUGGUAGAGGCCUUCAACCUCCUGAAGGAAGAGGAGGGAGCAGAAUUUGUGGUUAGAGAAGCCCAGUGGAAGCAGCUUGUCAAACUGGUGGCUCCUGAUAUCAGCAACUCCCACCGCGAGCUGCUGCUGCACAUAUCGGAUGAUGAGCAGAAGGGCUUCAUAGACAAAAAGUCCUUUGUACGCCUGGCAGAUCUGCUCAACAUCCAGGUGAUCACCCUGAAGAUACGCAGGCAUCCGCUGGGCCGCUGGAUGCCUCGUGUCUACAGCUCUGCAGCAAGCCAAUUUCUGCGCAGCAUGGUCAGACACAGGGGAUUUGUUUGGACUUACGAUGUCAUCAUUCUGAUAAAUGCUAUAUUCAUUGCUUUGGAUGAGGAAAGCCCCUAUAUUUCCUAUGCGGAGUGGGUCUUCCUUGCAUUGUAUAUAAUUGAGAUACUCCUCAAAGUGUACACUUAUGAACCAAGGACGUUCUUUGGCAAAAACCAAUUCUGGAACUGGUUUGAUACCCUGAUCAUCUUUGCUGCCUUGACUGCAACAAUACUCAACACCACCCUAAAAUCGACCACAGAGUACAACAGCCAACAAAUUCUGGACAUUGUCUUCAUAUUAAGGGUCCUCAGGCUAAUAAGGAUUGUUGAUAGCAUUCAAAGGUUUCGAGUCAUCAUGAACACGCUGAUAAACAUCGUACCGACAAUGCUGACGUUUGGUGGGCUGACUCUGGUCGUGUACUAUGUAUUUGCUAUCAUUGGCAUGGAGUUAUUCCAAGGGAAAAUCCAGUUCUUCCCUGCAAACUCAAAUGCUCCUCACGCUCUGGAGUGUGGAAACCCAGCGCUCAAGGACUCUAUGUUUGCCCGUGGGAAAUACUGCAAGAACAAUUUCAAUAACUUUGCUUCUUCCUUCAUAGUCCUGUUGGAGCUCACUGUUGUCAAUCAGUGGCAUGUCUUUGCCAGCGGAUUUGCCAAAGUGACUGUCCAGGCUGCAAAGCUCUACUUCAUUGCUUUCCACAUUGUGAUGGUUAUAAUUAUUGUCAAUAUCUUUGUGUCGUUCAUCUUGGAGGCUUUCUUUGUGGAGUAUUCACUGGAGAAGAGUGAAGUAGAAACAGCCAUUGAACAGAAAAUCCAGGAACUGGGAAUGGGAAUCCAGGAGGAUGAGCUCCAGGAUGAAAAACUCAUUGAUAAUAUGGAGAGUGCUGAACAUGACCUUGAGGGAGAAGGUGGAACAAAGCCACAGCCUAAAGGGCUGGUGUUUAAAAUCGCCUCCAAACGGUACAGGACAGUUGAUGCUCUGCUUCAGCGUAUGUUUGAGGCAGAACUCCCCCCAGAGGAUGAAGGUCCUUCCUUUGAAGAGAUCUUAAACCUGUCCCCUGCUGAUGCCGUACAGAGAAAUGUCACUUUUGAGGCUGCUGCAUAAUCUGGGAAACCCACACCUAUGGACAAGGAGAAGCUAAUUCUCAGCUGUCCCUAUAUCUCAAGAGUGUCCUCUGGCUAUCUUCAGCCAACCUGCCACUGCAGUCAGGUGCCUGGGGCCAGAUCAAACACAGAAGGGGCAGCAGAUGCUGGAAGUACUGGAGUUGUUGUGAUAUGAGCUUUAUCUGAUGUAAAGUCUCAUUUAAAUGUUGAAACUAGAAAUAUGGUAAAGGAGAAGCAGGGGGGAGAGUUGGUGGGCAUGCGUAUCCUACCUAUACUCAUGCAAUAAGACACUGCUACAUACUAUGUUAUGAAAUAUCUUAAUUCUUGUAACUGGAAUUUUCUAUUAGUCACUUUUUAUAUGCACAUAUG